AUGGCGACAAAAAAUUUACCGAAUGAAGUUGUUUCUAAUAUUCUUCGAAAUGUGAUAAAAGUUUCUGGAUUUAAAACUCUUUUUAAGGUUCGUCAUUUGUGUAAACAAUGGAAUGCAUUAGUGCCAGUGGUUAUACAGGAUGAACUUUCUAAAGUGGAUGGAAAAGGAUGGUCCCUAUUGGCUGCUUAUUCCGAUAACAAGUUAAAAUGGAACUAUUUAAAUCCUUUUCAAUUGACAUAUAACGAUAAAACUAAAAUUAUCCUUGGUGAAUUUCAAGACCUCCCUUCAAUUCCUAUUAAGCCUUAUGUUUGUUUCGCUUUGGUGUUUGAUCACCAAAAAACAUCGAAAAAACUCAAAUAUAAAGACUUUUGGGGUCUUCCUUGGCCACAGACUAGUAAUAAACAAAGUGAAAUUUGGUAUGAAAAAGAAGGAAAUGGUGUAUGUUUUCGUAGAGAGUCCGAUGAUUUAAAUGUUCAAGUAGUUGGGCUAAAGAUUGAUGCGAUAAAGUUUUUAGAAUAUCUACAGCAAUUUGUUUAA